GGGGGCGAGGCGAGGGCGGGCCGCGUCGGGCGGGGAGGGCGGCGGCGCCGAGGGGAGGAGACCGGCCCAUGGACCCGCGGGGCCCGGCGCCCCAGACGCUGCGCCGCCGGGACCGAGCCCAAGAUGUCGGCCUAGGCCGGGGCGCGACGACGCGGACUGGGCGGCGACGAAGCGCCUCCGCUGCCGGAGCUCGCGGCCGCCGGGCUCCCGAGGGCUCGCCCUGACGGACUGGCCGAGCGGGCGGCGAGAGGCCGGCGCGUUGGGAGCGGGCCGCGCGGCACCAUGUCGGCCAAAGUGCGGCUCAAGAAGCUGGAGCAGCUGCUCCUGGACGGGCCCUGGCGCAACGAGAGCUCCCUGAGCGUGGAGACGCUGCUCGACGUGCUCGUCUGCCUGUACACCGAGUGCAGCCACUCGGCCCUGCGCCGCGACAAGUAUGUGGCCGAGUUCCUCGAGUGGGCUAAACCAUUUACCCAGCUGGUGAAGGAGAUGCAGCUUCAUCGAGAAGACUUUGAAAUAAUUAAAGUGAUUGGAAGAGGUGCUUUUGGUGAGGUUGCUGUUGUCAAAAUGAAGAACACGGAACGAAUAUAUGCGAUGAAAAUCCUCAACAAGUGGGAAAUGCUGAAAAGAGCAGAGACGGCUUGCUUCCGGGAGGAGCGGGACGUGCUGGUGAACGGUGACUGUCAGUGGAUCACCACGCUGCACUAUGCCUUUCAGGACGAAAAUUACCUGUACUUAGUCAUGGACUACUAUGUGGGUGGCGAUUUACUGACCCUGCUCAGUAAAUUUGAAGACAAGCUUCCAGAAGAUAUGGCAAGAUUCUACAUUGGUGAGAUGGUGUUGGCCAUCGAUUCCAUCCAUCAGCUUCAUUACGUGCACAGAGACAUUAAGCCUGACAAUGUCCUUUUGGAUGUGAAUGGUCAUAUCCGCCUGGCCGACUUUGGAUCGUGUUUGAAGAUGAACGAUGAUGGAACUGUCCAGUCCUCCGUGGCCGUGGGCACACCUGACUACAUCUCGCCGGAGAUCCUGCAGGCAAUGGAGGACGGCAUGGGCAAGUACGGCCCUGAGUGCGACUGGUGGUCCCUGGGCGUCUGCAUGUACGAGAUGCUUUAUGGAGAGACACCCUUUUACGCAGAGUCCCUCGUGGAGACCUAUGGCAAGAUCAUGAACCACGAAGAGCGGUUUCAGUUCCCCUCCCAUGUCACCGAUGUGUCUGAGGAAGCGAAGGACCUCAUCCAGAGGCUGAUCUGCAGCCGGGAGCGCCGACUGGGCCAGAACGGGAUCGAGGACUUCAAGAAGCACGCGUUCUUUGAAGGACUGAACUGGGAAAACAUACGGAACCUGGAAGCACCUUACAUCCCGGACGUGAGCAGCCCUUCCGACACAUCCAACUUCGACGUGGACGACGACGUACUGAGGAACGUUGAAAUACUGCCUCCUGGCUCUCACACAGGCUUCUCUGGGUUACAUUUGCCGUUCAUCGGUUUCACGUUCACAACAGAAAGCUGUUUUUCUGACCGAGGCUCUCUGAAGAGCAUAAUGCAGUCCAGCACGUUAACCAAAGACGAGGGUGUGCAGCGGGACUUGGAGAACAGCUUGCAGGUUGAAGCCUAUGAAAGACGGAUCCGGAGACUGGAGCAGGAGAGACUGGAGCUGAGCAGGAAGCUGCAAGAGUCCACCCAGACUGUGCAGUCCCUCCAUGGCUCCGCCCGGGCCCUGGGCAGCUCAGCCCGUGAUAAAGAAAUCAAAAAGCUAAAUGAAGAAAUCGAACGUUUGAAGAAUAAAAUUGCAGAUUCAAAUAGGCUUGAACGACAACUCGAGGACACAGUGACUCUUCGCCAAGAGCACGAGGACUCCACGCUUCGGCUGAAAGGCCUGGAAAAGCAGUACCGUGUGGUGCGGCAGGAAAAGGAGGAGUUUCACAAGCAACUGAUCGAAGCUUCAGAGCGACUGAAGUCCCAGGCCAGAGAACUCAAAGAUGCCCACCAGCAGCGAAAGCUGGCCCUGCAGGAGUUCUCGGAGCUCAAUGAGCGCAUGGCCGAGCUCCGCUCCCAGAAGCAGAAGCUGUCCCGGCAGCUGCGGGACAAGGAAGAGGAGGUGGAGGUGGCCAUGCAGAAGAUCGACUCCCUGCGGCAGGAGGCCCGCAGGUCCGACAAGUGCAGGAAGGAGCUGGAAGCCCAGCUCGAGGACGCCGUCGCCGAGGCCUCCAAGGAGCGCACGCUGCGUGAGCACAGCGAGAACUUCUCCAAGCAAAUAGAAAGUGAGCUCGAGGCCCUCAAGAUGAAGCAAGGAGGCCGGGGACCAGGUGCCACCCUAGAGCAUCAGCAGGAGAUUUCCAAGAUAAAAUCUGAGCUUGAGAAGAAAGUCUUGUUUUAUGAAGAGGAACUGGUCCGACGUGAGGCCUCGCACGUGCUGGAGGUGAAGAAUGUAAAGAAGGAGGUGCACGAUUCCGAGAGCCACCAGCUGGCCCUGCAGAAGGAGGUCCUCGUGCUCAGGGACAAGCUAGAGAAGUCCAAGCGAGAGCGGCUCAGCGAGGUGGAGGAGGCCGUGGGCACCCUCAGAGACAAGCACGAACGUGAGAGAGCCAUGCUGUUUGAGGAAAACAAGAAGGUAACUGCUGAGAAUGAAAAGCUUUGUUCCUUUGUGGAUAAGCUCACGGCUCAAAAUAGACAGCUGGAGGACGAGCUGCAGGAUCUGGCAGCCAAGAAGGAGUCAGUUGCCCACUGGGAAGCCCAGAUCGCAGAAAUCAUUCAGUGGGUCAGCGACGAGAAGGAUGCCCGGGGCUACCUGCAGGCCCUCGCUUCUAAGAUGACUGAAGAGCUAGAGACGCUGAGGAGUUCCAGUCUGGGGUCAAGAACACUGGAUCCCCUUUGGAAAGUUCGCCGUAGUCAGAAGCUGGACAUGUCGGCUCGGCUAGAAUUGCAGUCUGCUCUUGAGGCGGAAAUCCGGGCCAAACAGCUCGUUCAGGAGGAGCUGAGGAAGGUCAAGGACUCGAAUCUCGCCUUUGAAAGCAAACUGAAGGAUUCCGAAGCCAAAAAUAGAGAAUUGUUAGAAGAAAUGGAAAUUUUGAAGAAGAAGAUGGAAGAAAAAUUUAGAGCAGAUACUGGGCUCAAACUUCCAGAUUUUCAGGAUUCCAUUUUUGAGUACUUCAACGCUGCACCUCUAGCGCACGACCUGACAUUUAGGACCAGCUCAACCAGUGAGCAGGAAACGCAGGCUCCAAAGCCAGAGGCGUCCCCUCCGGUCUCUGGGGCCGCGAGCAUGGACCAGCAGGAGGACACGGCGCGGGCCCCUCAGAGGCCACCCCCCGUGCCGCUGCCCGCCUCGCAGGCCCUCGCUCUGGCUGGACCGAAGCCGAAAGCACACCAGUUCAGCAUCAAGUCCUUCUCCAGCCCCACUCAGUGCAGCCACUGCACGUCCCUGAUGGUGGGGCUCAUCCGACAGGGCUACGCCUGCGAGGUGUGCUCGUUUGCUUGCCACGUGUCCUGCAAAGACAGCGCUCCCCAGGUGUGCCCCAUACCCCCCGAGCAAUCCAAGCGACCUCUUGGUGUGGACGUGCAGAGAGGCAUAGGAACGGCCUACAAGGGCUACGUGAAGGUCCCCAAGCCGACCGGAGUGAAGAAAGGGUGGCAGCGGGCCUACGCGGUGGUCUGUGACUGCAAGCUCUUUCUGUACGACUUGCCCGAGGGCAAGUCCACCCAGCCCGGCGUCGUUGCCAGCCAGGUCUUGGAUCUCAGAGACGACGAGUUCUCUGUGAGCUCCGUGCUGGCUUCAGACGUCAUACACGCUUCACGCCGAGAUAUUCCGUGUAUAUUCAGGGUGACGGCCUCUCUCUUAGAUACUCCUUCCAGGACCAGCUCACUGCUCAUUCUGACCGAAAAUGAGAACGAAAAGAGGAAGUGGGUGGGGAUCCUGGAGGGCCUGCAGUCCAUCCUUCACAAGAACCGCCUGAGGAGUCAGGUGGUGCACAUUCCGCAGGAGGCCUACGACAGCUCGCUGCCGCUCAUCAAGGCCGUCCUGACAGCCGCCAUCGUGGAUGGGGAGAGGGUCGCUGUCGGCCUGGAAGAAGGACUCUACACCAUCGAGGUGACCCGUGACGUGAUUGUCCGCGUUGCUGACUACAAGAAAGUGUACCAGAUCGAGCUUGCUCCCAAAGAGAAAGUUGCUGUCCUCCUCUGCGGCCGGAACCACCACGUCCAUCUCUGUCCGUGGUCCGCCUUUGAUGGGGUGGAAAGCAACAUUGACGUCAAGCUUCCGGAGACCAAGGGCUGCCAGCUCAUAGCGACCGGGACACUGAAGAAGGGCUCCCCCACCUGCCUGUUUGUGGCGGUGAAGCGGCUGGUCCUUUGCUAUGAGGUCCAGAGAACUAAGCCUUUCCACAGGAAGCUCAGUGAGGCUGUGGCCCCGGGCACUGUGCAGUGGAUGGCCGUGCUCAAGGACAAGCUCUGUGUUGGCUACCCUUCCGGGUUCUCUCUGUUGAGCGCCCAGGGAGAUGGGCAGGCUCUAAACCUGGUAAAUCCCAAUGACCCCUCGCUUACGUUCCUCUCACAACAGUCUUUUGAUGCCCUUUGUGCUGUGGAGCUCAAAAGUGAGGAGUACCUGCUUUGCUUCAGCCACAUGGGACUGUACGUGGACCCACAAGGCCGGAGGUCACGCACGCAGGAGCUCAUGUGGCCUGCGGCGCCUGUUGCCUGUAGUUGCAGCUCUUCACACGUCACGGUGUACAGCGAGUACGGCGUGGACGUCUUCGACGUGCGCACCAUGGAGUGGGUGCAGACCAUCGGCCUGCGCAGGAUCCGCCCGCUGAACUCGGAGGGCAGCCUCAACCUCCUCAACUGCGAGCCUCCCCGCCUGAUCUACUUCAAGAGCAAGUCUGCGGGAGCGAUUCUCAGCGUGCCCGACACCUCUGACAACAGCAAGAAGCAGAUGCUCCGGACCAGAAGCAAGAGGCGGUUUGUCUUCAAGGUGCCAGAGGAGGAGAGACUGCAGCAGCGGCGGGAGAUGCUUAGAGACCCAGAAUUGAGAUCCAAAAUGAUAUCCAACCCCACCAACUUCAACCACGUGGCCCACAUGGGCCCGGGUGACGGGAUGCAGGUGCUCAUGGACCUGCCUCUGAGCGCCGUGCCCCCAUCCCAGGAGGAGAGGCCCGGCCCUGCGCCUGCCAGCCUGCCCCGCCAGCCUCCGCCCAGGAACAAGCCCUACAUCUCGUGGCCCUCAUCAGGUGGAUCCGAGUCUGGAGUGGCCGUGCCCCUAAGAAGUAUGUCCGAUCCCGACCAGGACUUCGACAAAGAGCCUGAUUCGGAUUCCACCAAACACUCGACCCCAUCGAACAGCUCCAACCCCAGCGGCCCACCGAGCCCCAACUCCCCCCACAGGAGCCAGCUCCCCCUCGAAGGCCUGGAGCAGCCGGCCUACGACGCCUGAAGCCACUGGCUCACCGCCACAGGGCUGGGGGGCUUCUCAUGUCAGUGCCAAGACUGAGCUGACCCUCCAGUUUUGUCCAAGGAAAUGUAGAAUCAAUUUGUAGAUACGGAGAUGAAAAUUCUUUAUUAUAAUAAUGAUCAGUUUUAUGCCGCAUUGUUUGUGGCGGUAGACCAGAUCCCCUCAUCUGCACAGCUGUGAGGCCACGCUGUUCCGUUUGCACAUGAAGGACCGCCACACCGCCUCUCCUGCCCAGGACAGCUGAGGGGGCGCGUGGGGCCAGCCUCCUCUGCAGGAACCCGGUGGCCCAGCACCGCUCUGCUCAGGAAGCAGACAGCUCGGGACAUGGCCUCUGUAACAAGUCUGCUCCCUGUUUCUGGAAACUGUUUCCUAGGCCCUUAGGAGAAUAGUAGGAACCUGUAUACCAUUCCCUGUGUCACUAGAAUUUUGAACACAGAGGAAAGUGGAGGUUAGUUUGUGGCCUUUCUGUUCAUUUAGCCAUUACAUAGUCAGAUGCAGAAGCCCUUCUGCCAACCUUGUAGCCACGGACUGAGGCCCUUUUCGAGUGAUGCCUGCCCUGCCCUGGGUCCCUCGUGUGUGUCAGUCCAGUCCUGGUCAUAACCAUGAAGUGUCACCAGUACUACUACUGUGAAGUCAGCUGUGCUGUUUCCCGCUCGCUUCUGCAGCUCUGCCUCCUGCCCUAAAACCAGUGAGCGCCGGGGUGCAGCUCGGCCCCGAGGCCUGCGGGCUGAGCAGCCAGGGCCCCGGGAGCCCAGCAGCGGGUGCCAGGACCCCCAGCCCUGCAUGGAGCCCCAGGACUAGUGCCGUCUGGGUGGUGUAGACUCAGCGCCACACUCCCGCGCAGCGGCCCUGCUCUGCCCUGCCCACAGCUUGUGUGAGUCGUCAGGUGGUGGCCUGUCCCUGUAAAGGCUUGUGAUUUACUGGCCAACAGACACAGUUUGUCCUCGGCCCUGGAAUAGGCUUCUCCCUGCUCUCCCACUGGCCACCGUUCUUGGCGACGCUGUUAAAGACAUGCACUUGCCUUGAGCUGGCACUGAGUGAUAUGGGUGCCAGGCCUGCCUGUGCGUGUCAUGCACCCAGCACCUGCCCGCCCUUGCCCCCGGGCCUUCUGCUGGGGCUGGCACCUGCUGGGGGUUCUGGUUUUUACUUUUUUAAUGUAAGUCUGAGUCUUUGUAAUUAUUGAAUCGUGAGAACAUUUUUGAACAAUUUACCUGUCAAUAAAGCAGAAGACAGCA